AUGCUGGGCUCGUCGAGAAGCGACGUGCAUCCACUCCGGACCAUGUCGAAAUCCGAAGACUACACGUACAACGCCUACGACGCCUCGGGCCAGGACUCACCACGCGGCAAUGGCGAUUAUGACAGCCGCGACGUUUUCGGCCACGAGGAGCACCACGACAUCAAGUACAAAACGCUCUCAUGGCAGAUUGUGAGCGUGUUGAUGAUUGCGGAGAUUGUGUCGAAUGGGAUGCUCUCGCUGCCUUCGUCGCUGGCGGUCGUCGGGAUGGCCCCGGGUCUCGUUUUGAUUAUCUUUCUGGGAAUCUUUGCGGCGUAUACCUCGGUUCUGCUGGUGCGGUUCAAGCUGCGACAUCCGGAGGUGCACAAUAUGGGCGAUGCGGGAAAGAUUAUGUUUGGAGUUGUUGGGCGCGAGGUUUUUUCCUUUGGAACGAUCGCGUUUGCGUUUCUUCUCGCGGGCGGACAGAUGCUUUCGGGGCAGAUUGCGCUGUCGAAUUUGAGCAGUAAUGGACUCUGCAAUGUAUCGUUCACGGGGAUCUUUGCCGCUGCCACGUUCCUGUGCGCCUUGCCGCGAACGUUCGAUGGACUUGGGUGGAUUUCUAUUCCCAGUGUGCUCAGCAUUACGAUUGCUGGAAUCGUUGGCAUGGUUGGUGCUGGCACUCAUCCAGUGGAAGGCCGGUCUGUGGUUGCGGCACGCUCCAGCGAUUUCUACACGGCGUUCUUCUCGAUCACGAACCCGGUCUUUGCAUACUGCGGUCACUUCAUGUUCUUCGCACUCAUGUCUGAGAUGAAGAGGCCUCAAGAUGCCGUGAAGGCUGCAUACACUCUGCAAGGCUUUGCCACCACAUACUACGCCAUCUUCGCCGGUGUCACCUACGGCUUCAUCGGCAGCGCAGUCCUCUCGCCAUCCUUUUCGUCUCUCGAGACUGCAUGGGCGAAGGCGGCCUACGGUAUCGCUCUUCCAAAUCUGCUCAUCGCAGGCGCACUCUACGUGCAUACCGCCAGCAAGAUCAUCUUCGUUCGAUUCUUCCGACAUUCUCGCCACCUUCACGACCACACAGUCCUGGGCUGGGUUGUUUGGGUUUCGCUAGUUGCAAUCUUCAGCGCCAUUGCCUUCGUGUUCGCAGUGGGAGUACCUAUCUUCAACUACUUGAUUGGUAUCACUGCAUCCCUGUUUGCGGCAUGGUUCACCUAUGGAAUUGCUGGUAUGUUCUGGCUGCAUGACGCUUACCAUGAUGGAGAGGGCAUCAGGAGCUGGCGAAAGAGAUGGGGCGGCACCUUGAUGGCAGUCCUGACCAUUGUCGUCGGUUUGUUCAUUUGCGUUGCCGGUCUGUAUGUGACGAUUCGUGCUAUCGUGGACGCAUACGCCAAUGGCACGAUCACGGCGCCUUUCAGCUGCGGAACUUCUUAG